AUGCCUCUCAACCUAAGUUACGAAGAGAUAUGCACCAAAUUCGACCGCCUCAUCUCCAAUGGCAUCAUCACCUACCAACCCAGCAAGCCAAUCCUCGUUACAGAUAAGGGGAUGAUCCUGAAGAUGCCCCCCGAGACCACCAAAUCCAGCAUGAUCAAUGGCGUCGCUUCUCAGCCAAUGUCCUUCGGCCCAGGGAGCGACAUCGCAAACGACCACCCAGAUGUCUGUGUUACGACGGUCAAUGAAACACAUUACCUGGUCAUGAAUAAAUUUCCCGUCUUCAGACCCAUGUUGCUGUUAUUGACCGUGGAUUCGUACCGUCGACAGCACGAGCCUUUAGAGCUUGAUGACCUAGAGGCUGGGUGGAGUGCCAUUUGCGGGCUGCAAGAAGAACAUUACGUUUUCUUUAAUUGCGGGCUGUUGGCAGGUUCAAGUAGGGAGCACAAGCAUUUACAAGUUAUUCCGGCACCAGGGAGACAUGAAGGGUAUGAUGAGCGUUUCAAGUUCUUUCUGGAUGAUCCCGAACAAAAGGAGCCUGGGUUCGUGUAUUUUGUGCAGAGAUUCGAAGAAUUGUCCGAAAGACGGGUAAAGGAUGGUCAACAGUUGCUAGAAAUCUAUCAGAAGCUACUGCAGCAGGCGAGAGAGGCGCUCGACUUGUCGACGGAUGUUGCUUGUCCUCACAAUUUUGUUCUCACGCAGAGGUGGAUGGUGGUGAUUCCACGACAAGCUAAGGAGUACCAUGGCAUCACAACGAAUUCGGCUGGGAUGAUGGGUUCAAUUGCUAUCUGGACCCAGGAGCAAUUGGAUUUAUGGACGAAACUUGGGCCCAUGAAUGUUUUGAAGGGACUCGGGCUGCCGAGGGGAGAUUGA